CUAGACGAGGCACCGUGCACAAAAGGGAGCCCUGUCGGGAUCAGCCAGCCCCGGGCUGGGCAGGAUCCGGGUUCCCGGGCGGAGGCGGAGCUGCGGCAGGGAGGAUCCAAGGAGCAGCCGCGGCUGAGCGGCCAUCGCAGCCUGGACCGCGGCCCCGCUGCUGAGCCGAGCCCAAUGGCCUCCCGCCUCCUGCACCGCCUGCGGCACGCCCUGGCUGGAGAGGGCGAGGGUGACCGGGAGGGGCAGGGCGGAGGCGGCUCAGAGGCGGAGGAAUUCCCAGAGAGCUCCGAACUGGAGGAUGACACUGACGGGCUGUCCACACGGCUUAGCGGCACCCUGAGCUUCACCAGUAAUGAGGAGGAGGAGGAGGAGGCAGAGGAGAAUGAGGAUGAUGCCGCUAGCCAGGAGCUGGGGGAUCUGUGUGAGCUGGGGCUGCCCAAGAACCCUGGAGCCAUGGAGAAUGGAGAUCCGAGCCCUGCUCCAGCUGAGCGCCAGGGCAGUAACCUACUGACACGCCAGCUCCAGGACUUCUGGAGGAGAUCGCGCAGCAGCCUCGUUCCCCAGCGGCUGCUCUUCGAGGUCACCAGCGCCAGCGUCGUCAGUGAGCGCUCCUCCAAAUAUGUGCUCUACACCAUCUACCUGAUCCGCUCCGGCCAGUUUGACAAGGCCCCUGCUGCCAUUGCCCGGCGCUACUCGGACUUUGAGAGACUGAACCGGCGCCUGCGCCACCAGUUUGGCUGCGACAUGGCGGGCGUCUCCUUCCCCAGGAAGAGGCUGCGCAGGAACUUCACGGCAGAAACCAUCGCCAAGCGGAGCCGGGCCUUUGAGCAGUUCCUGUCCCACCUGCACUCCAUCACCGAGAUCCGCCGCUCCUCCGACUUCCUGGAGUUCUUCUUCCUGCGCGACCUGCAGGCAGCCCAGCGCCUCACCUGCACCGGCAUGUACCGCGAGGCCCUGGCCACCUGGAGCAACGCCUACCGGCUCCAGGACAGGCUGGGCGUCUGCAACUCGGGCCGCUUCCUCCUCACGCUGGCCGGCCUGGUGGUUUGCCACCAGGAGCUGGACGAGCUGAGUGAGGCUCAUCGCUACUGCCAGCAGGCUCUGCAGCUCCUGGAGGCCCAAGACAGCCACCCCUUGCUGGAGCCCUUCCUUCAGGCCCAUGUCCACCUGUCCUGGAAGGUGGGGAAAGACAAGCGCCAGUCGGAGGCCAGGCUGCAGGGGCUGCUCGGGGCAGGGGUGGCUCUGCAGCAGCAGCCCACCCUGAAGGAGUUCUUGAUCAAGGAGGUUUUGGAGUGAGUGCCCAGGCUGUGGGGGGAUGGAGCAGCAUGGGGCUCGAGGAAGGAGACUGCACUGUGCAUUGGGACUGGAAGAGCAGCAGCAGCAGCUGUAGACCAGGGCUGGGGUGUGUCUUGAGCCUCGGCCUAGGGUGGUAGAGGGGGAGCUGCAGGUUGGGCUCAGUGUGCAGUGGCAGGGCUGUGUCUGGAAGGCGCAGGGGGAGAGCGGGACGCUGGCGGAGGGGUGGGGUGCAGCCCUGGACUGGCCCAGCACCUGCCUGUCCUGGGAGCUGGUCUCUGCACCGCCGACCUGUUCUCUUGGAAACGGCUCGUCCCCCAGUGCCGGGCGCGCAGCCUCCCUGGAUCCAGGCUGACUCCCCUCUGCCCUUAGGGGAGGGAGCCGCUGGAACUAGCCGGGCCGUACUGAUACUGUACUAAUGGGAUUCGCUGGCUCCAGGCAGAGUCUGGGGCUCUCCUUGGGAACUUUUAACAAUUCUUAAGACUUGGUAGGAAAAGGGGCUGAGACUCCCCAGAGCAUGUUCAGAUUAGCCCUCCCCAGCCCCACGGCAAAGAGACAGCUCUCAAGCCUUCCAGCAACAACCCUAGGGGCCAGGGCAGCAGUGGGGGCUGGGAGGAGAGAUUCCCAGACCGCCCCUGCCCCCAUGCCUUGUGCUUCCUCUGAGAUGAGGAGACUGUCAGUCCUUCUCCCCCUCCACCUCUGCCAGGCCUUGCAGUGCUAGGCUUCUGGGACUCCCCUGGGGCCUCUCAAAGCCUGCCCCUCCUGGGCCUGCGGGGAGAGCAGGAGCUGCGGGCGGGGCGGGAGAACUGAGAAAGGGAAGCUGCAAGGGCUCUGCAGCAGCUUUCUUCCCUGGCGCAGCCUGAGCCCCAGCCCGCUUGGCUCUCCUCAGAGCCCCUCUGGGUCUCCACCCUCCUCCGAUCCCACUGGGGAUCCCUUCUGAGUAGGUCGUAGCCACAGCAGGACGCUGCUGCAGAGCAGAGGUAUAAAAGCCAUGGAGGCUGGGACUGAGUCUUGGUGGGCCAUGGAGGCUUUAUUAGAGGUAGGUGGGGGAGGCUGAGGACAGCAUCUGACAGGACACUCUGUAACUAACAGCCAAUAAAACUGCUAUUCCCGUG